UUCCUUCCGUGGAACGGUCACACUGUCUACAAUCAACGUCACCAUGGAUGUUUCGGCUCUUUCGGGACCCAAUUUUAGUCCUGCGGAGUGGAUAAACGCCAACUACAAGAAGUUUGUGGAGGAGAAUGGACGGGAUGACAGCGACGCCGCCUCGGCCUUCAUCCGGAGCUACGUGGCCAAGCUGCAGCUGUACAUAUUCAACGUAAACAAUGCUGUGGAGGAGUCCAGCCGGCAAGUGGUGGCCAGCAUGCCAAGGAUCGCCAAGGAAUCGGCUGCACUGCAAGGGGAGGUGCGCGGAUUGCAGGAGAAGAUGAGUGCCAUGCGUUUGGAAGUGGCAGCGGUGCAAAGUGAAACCGGCGAGUGCAUGGCCACCUUGGAGCGGCUGAACACCAAAAGCCAGAAGCUUCAGGUGGCCAAGGAGUCGCUGCAGGAGUCGGAUGGCUGGGGAAACCUCCUGGCCGAACUGGAGGAUGGUUUCGAGCGCAAUGAUCUUAAGGGAGUUUGCGAAAAGUUGAUCGCCCUUCAAAAAUCUCUGCACGCCCAGGAACAACUGCCAGGACAUGCAGAACGCCAGACCCAAGUGGAGGACUUCAAGAAUCGCCUGGAGGCUCUGGCCUCGCCCAGUGUGGUCCAGUGCUUUGCCGAGGGCAACUCCGAGCAAGCCCAGUACUAUGUCCAGAUCUUCACCAGCAUUCAGCGGCUGCCACAAUUGCAGCAAUAUUAUCGAGCUGUCCAAAAAAACUUCUGGCAGCAGCAGUGGAAGCAAACUUUGGAGUUGCAGGGCACGGAAUCCCAGCCGCAACAGCAGCAGUUUCUCACUCUUUACUACGAUCAGCUGCUGGAGCACUGCCAACGCCAGGUCAAGUGGUGCUUCAAUCUCUUCGGAGAGGACUCUUCGCAGCCAUUUUUGGUGAUUGCCGAACUUCUGCCGGCUCUGCAACCCACCCGGGAUGCCCAUAUCCUGCAGCUUUUAAAGACUUCCAAUGAACGAUUGGAGAUGCUGGCCUUGUUCGCCCAGGUUAACCACAGUUUCGUGCUGCAUUUGAACUCUUUGCUGGAGCAGUCCCACAUUACAUUGUCCGAGGAGUUGCAUCGCAUCCUGGGCGAGGCUAUUUUCGAGUAUUUCCAUAAGUUUAUUCAACAAUAUCCGCGAUUGGAGGAGACCCAACUAUCAACGCAGGUUGAUCGUCUGACUUCCAACCAGGCUACUCCCAGCGAUGGUGUUCGUCAUCUGGAGGAGAGUACCCGAAAACUUUACGAGUGGUUGAAAGAGGCCUGCGAACGUUGUGCCUCUAUAACCAGUGAUCUAGCUCUGUGCAAACUUAUUACUCUACUGAACGGCAUCUUCAAGCGGCAGCUGGAGAACUUUGGACGCAUCCAGCGACAGAUUGGACUCAGUCUGGGAUCCAGCAGCUAUGCGGCUCAGAGUGAAAACUGGUCUCUGUUGCAGUACACCAUGUCGCAGUUACAAUGCCUGGCCGACUUUCAAGUUCAGCUGCACCAAUUCGAACAGGAUUUGCACACACGCAUGGUCAUCUUGUCCAACAAGCUGACUAAGCCAUCCAACCGUGGGCCCAUAACCAUAUUUCAGACCUGCGAUCAUGCAGCACGCACCCAGCUGUUGAACAGCAUAGCUGACUAUCAGCAAAAGAAGUCGGAAGCCACCGAUAGCCUUGGUAUCUUUCCGCAGAUUUAUGCCACGUUAAAGGGUCACUUCGCCGAUACACAUGACAUAACUCUUAAUAUAUUACUGCAACCCAUUGAGACGCACUUGGCACACAUUCGUCCGCCUGUGCAGGAUCACGCCGCGUCGGGUAUUGACAUGCCCUCGUUCAGCUUUGCUCCGCAGGAGAGCAUCACACAGAUUGGUCAGUACCUGCUCACCUUGCCCCAGCACCUGGAACCUUUGCUGCUGUCGCCUUCCACUUUGCUGAAGCAGGCCCUGGAGGUGUGCAACAUUAAGUAUACGCAAGCCAUUCCCUGUGCCGACGUCCUCUUGUCUCUCGUCGUGGAGCAGUGCUGCGUUUUGUACCAGGCGCAGAUUCUACAAAUUAAGUCGCUACCCGCCGCUUCGGCCACUCAGCUUGGUGUAGAUAUUGAGUACCUCUCCAACGUUCUCGAGGAACUCGGCUUGUCCAUCAACCUGCAGCUGUCGCAAAUCCUCACGCUACUGAAGGCUGCUCCAGAUCAGUACCUGACCCUCAGCAGUGGAUGCGAGCCGCGUCUGGUGACGGCCAUUCGGCAAAUGCGCAAUAUUAUAUCUACACAGUAGAUGUUUAACAGAUCUUGUUAAUAUUCGAGCUAAAAUAUUUAAAAAGUAUUUAUAUAAACCA